CUCGGCAUCGCCUCGGCAUAUAUUUCACCAUUUUUAUCAUCACUGCUCGCUGAGCUCACCGAUCACUCAUCUCUCUCGAAUUCAGAUUUGGUCGGUGACAAGCAGUAGUCAAGAUGGUGAAGUUUACCGCUGAUGGGUUCCGUGCUAUUAUGGACAAGAAGAAUAACAUUCGUAAUAUGUCUGUUAUUGCGCAUGUUGAUCAUGGGAAGUCCACCCUUACUGAUUCUCUGGUGGCUGCUGCUGGUAUCAUUGCACAAGAAGUAGCUGGUGAUGUUCGAAUGACUGAUACUCGAGCUGAUGAAGCUGAGCGUGGUAUUACAAUCAAGUCAACAGGAAUCUCGCUUUACUAUGAGAUGUCAGAUGACUCUUUGAAGAGCUACAAAGGGGAGAGGGAUGGGAAUGAGUACCUGAUCAAUCUUAUAGACUCUCCUGGGCACGUUGAUUUUUCAUCAGAGGUUACUGCAGCGCUACGUAUAACUGAUGGAGCACUUGUUGUUGUCGAUUGCAUUGAAGGUGUAUGUGUCCAAACUGAAACUGUCCUUAGACAAGCCCUUGGAGAAAGGAUACGACCUGUCUUGACUGUAAACAAGAUGGACAGGUGUUUUCUUGAGCUGCAGGUUGACGGGGAGGAGGCAUACCAAACAUUUCAAAGAGUUAUUGAGAAUGCCAAUGUCAUCAUGGCAACCUAUGAAGAUCCCCUCCUUGGUGAUGUUCAGGUCUACCCAGAGAAAGGUACUGUUUCUUUCUCAGCUGGUUUGCACGGUUGGGCCUUUACUCUGACAAACUUUGCCAAGAUGUAUGCCUCAAAGUUUGGUGUUGAUGAAUCUAAGAUGAUGGAAAGACUCUGGGGUGAGAAUUUCUUUGAUCCUGCUACGAAGAAGUGGACUACUAAGCAUACGGGCAGUGCUACAUGCAAACGUGGAUUUGUUCAAUUCUGUUAUGAACCCAUCAAGCAGAUUAUAAACACUUGCAUGAAUGAUCAGAAAGAUAAGCUCUGGCCCAUGCUGCAGAAACUUAAUGUAACCAUGAAGUCUGAUGAGAAGGAAUUGAUGGGGAAACCCUUGAUGAAACGUGUGAUGCAGAACUGGCUGCCUGCAAGUACAGCUCUCCUUGAAAUGAUGAUAUUCCAUCUUCCCUCUCCUUCGAAGGCUCAGAAAUAUCGUGUAGAAAAUUUGUACGAGGGACCACUUGAUGACAUCUAUGCCAAUGCUAUUAGGAACUGUGAUCCAAAUGGACCUCUUAUGCUAUAUGUCUCCAAGAUGAUACCAGCUUCUGAUAAGGGUAGGUUUUUUGCCUUUGGUCGUGUGUUCGCUGGUAAGGUCUCUACCGGUCUAAAGGUCAGGAUCAUGGGUCCUAACUACGUCCCUGGCGAGAAAAAGGAUUUAUAUGUUAAGAGUGUCCAGAGAACUGUUAUUUGGAUGGGGAAGAAGCAGGAAACAGUUGAGGAUGUGCCAUGUGGUAACACUGUUGCAAUGGUUGGUCUGGAUCAGUUCAUCACCAAAAAUGCUACUCUGACAAAUGAGAAAGAAGUUGAUGCCCAUCCAAUCAAAGCAAUGAAGUUUUCUGUCUCACCUGUUGUUCGUGUUGCUGUUCAGUGCAAAGUGGCUUCAGACCUUCCCAAGCUUGUGGAAGGACUAAAACGUUUGGCAAAGUCUGAUCCUAUGGUUGUCUGUACCAUUGAGGAGUCUGGGGAGCACAUCGUUGCCGGUGCUGGAGAACUUCACCUUGAGAUCUGCUUGAAGGAUUUGCAAGAUGAUUUUAUGGGAGGUGCGGAAAUUGUUAUGUCUGAUCCUGUAGUUUCCUUCCGUGAAACUGUCCUCGAGAAGUCUUCUCGCACCGUAAUGAGCAAGUCUCCUAAUAAGCAUAACCGCUUGUACAUGGAAGCUAGACCGCUUGAGGAAGGUCUACCUGAGGCCAUUGAUGAUGGACGUAUUGGCCCACGAGAUGAUCCCAAAGCUCGUUCAAAAAUUCUGUCAGAGGAGUUUGGGUGGGACAAGGAUCUUGCAAAGAAAAUCUGGUGUUUUGGCCCAGAAACAACUGGCCCUAAUAUGGUUGUGGAUAUGUGCAAGGGAGUGCAGUAUCUUAAUGAAAUUAAGGACUCUGUGGUAGCUGGAUUUCAGUGGGCUUCCAAAGAAGGUGCGUUGGCCGAAGAAAACAUGAGAGGUAUCUGUUUUGAGGUGUGUGAUGUUGUUCUCCAUGCUGAUGCUAUUCACAGGGGUGGUGGCCAGGUUAUCCCAACUGCCCGUAGAGUUAUAUAUGCUUCUCAACUAACUGCCAAGCCCCGUCUUUUGGAGCCUGUCUACCUGGUCGAGAUUCAGGCUCCUGAGCAAGCUCUCGGUGGUAUCUACAGUGUGCUGAAUCAGAAGCGUGGACAUGUAUUCGAAGAAAUGCAGAGGCCUGGUACACCCCUGUAUAACAUUAAGGCUUAUCUCCCUGUUAUCGAGUCAUUUGGAUUCUCAGGUCAGUUGAGAGCUUCUACAUCAGGACAGGCCUUCCCGCAGUGUGUGUUUGAUCACUGGGAUAUGAUGUCAUCCGAUCCCCUUGAAGCUGGAACCCAGGCAUCAACACUUGUGGCUGAUAUCAGGAAGAGGAAGGGUUUGAAGCAGCAGAUGACUCCUCUAUCUGAGUACGAGGACAAGCUUUAAGCCACUGAAUGCUGCGGAUGAUUGAUCAUUUGGUUGGAAAUAGACUGCAGGUCUAUCCUUUUCUAAAUUUUGCUCUCGGAUUUAGGAUGCUUUUAUGUAUCAGCACUAAAGUUUUGUUUUUUUAAUCUUGUUAUGAUGAGGUACAUUUGGAGGUUAUGUUGCCGUGUUUUCUAUCGGUCUUAUAUCGGGUGUUUGAGCUUAGAAUCAUGUUUGUGGCUUCUGUGCUAUAUUGCUAUCUAUGACUUGCUUUGCUUC